AUGCGGUACUCUAUUCAGUCUGGGCUGUUGCUGGCAGCUUCCCUUUCUCCUGUCGCGGAAGCCGAGCGUGUGCUGGGCGCUUAUAUCUUUGCGCGCCAUGGUGAUCGCACACCAAAGGUGUUUGGUAGCACCACUUUGACUGAUCUGGGCUAUCGGGAGGUCUUCGAUGCCGGCUCUUUCUACAAUGAUCGGUAUAUCUCGGCGGACUCCUCCAAGCAGAUUGAGGGUAUCAGCGCCGAGAUAGUUAAUCCUAAGCAGAUCACUGCUUAUGCACCGGCCGAAAAUGUCCUGCAGAACUCGGCAUUUGGUUUCUUACAGGGUGUUUAUCCUCCCGUGGGCAAAGUUGCUUCCCAAACUUUAGGAAAUGGCUCCGAGGUCGAGGCGCCAUUGGGUGGCUAUCAGCUCGUCUUGUUAAAAGAAUCUACUACCAGCAAGGAUGCUGAGGACUCAACUUGGUUGCAGGGCUCUAGCGGCUGCCAAAAGGCAACUGUCAGCAGUAACAACUAUUUCACCUCCGAUAUGUACACCAAGUUGCUCGCCUCGACCAAGGACUUCUACAAGUCUCUUGAGCCCAUGCUCUCUGGGGCCUUUGCCUCGUCUGACAUGACAUUCAAGAAUGCCUACACCAUCUUUGACUACUUGAAUGUCGGCAAGAUUCACAACUCCACCAGCACGUUCUCCCACAAGUCGGACCUGACCGACGAUGUCUACCACCAGCUGAUCUCAUUGGCCGGCAGCCACGAGUUUAACCUGGCUUACAACUCCUCUGACGAGGCGCGUGCCAUUGACGGCGCCGUUUUGGCCGGUGAGAUCAUGACUGCGCUCAACGACACCAUCACCAGCAAGGGUAAAUCUAAGCUGAACAUUGGGUUCGGUUCCUACGGCACCAUCUUCUCUCUCUUCGGUCUGUUGCAGAUGCCUGCUGCAUCUGUCAACUUUACCGGUAUUCCCGACUAUGCCUCCUCGAUGGUCUUCGAGCUGGUGACCAACGCAUCGGGUACCGAUUUCCCCACCGACAAGUCUGAACUCAGUGUUCGCUUCCUGUUCCACAACGGCACCAUCACCGGUGGCUCUGAACCAACCGCAUACCCCAUGUAUGGACAGUCCAGCGAGCUUCUCUCAUGGAAUGACUUCGUCAGCAAGACUACUGACAUUGCCGUCAUCAACGAUGAUGAGUGGUGCUCUAUUUGCGGUAACACUGACGGCAAAUGUGCAAGCUCUGACAGCACCACUUCUUCUUCCGGCUCCGCCAGUACUUCUAGCACUAGUGGCUCUGGUAUGUCGCGCGCGGUGGCCGGUGUGAUUGGCGCUAUGGUUACCUUGGCAGUCAUUCUCGGUCUGCAGGCUCUGUUCUUCCUCGUUGGUGGGUUCCGCAUUGCGAAGCGCAAUAAGAACACCCCUGAGAUGAGCUCAUCUGCUGCUGCGGAGGUAGAGAAGAAAGCUUAA